AUGGCACCCUCGUUCCUCCGAGAUCUACGACGGCGCUCCAAAGCAAGCUUCAAGGCAGACCGAUCAACCGAUGGAUCCUCAAGCAACGACACCAAUGGCUCGACGCCCUCAACCUCGACUUUAAACUCGGCUGGGGGCCAUGAGAGCAAAACCCCCCCGCUCACCAAUUCGACCUCGGCCCCGAAUUUGGCGGCCCUCUCUGCGACAAUUGCGCCUCUCGUCAGACGACCGACCCUCCCUACAUCCUCUUCAAACAGGUUCAGCAGAUCAGGAAGCGUUUCGGGAAUGACUGGGCUGGGAUCGCCACCACCAAACUCUUCUCUGCCUACCUCGCCCUACGCCCCAAGAAUCACCAGUAUUGCAGACCAGACUUGGGUCUCUCAGAAGAUUUUGUCGGUUUAUGGAGUGAUUGCAGAUCCGGCACUUCAAGCCUUGGAGGGUUCGGUUACGGUGAGGAGGAUCGAUGAUGGGUUCCCGGCAACGGACUGGCCUGUUUGCGAAUCCCACUUCAAAUCGCUCGUAUACCUGUUGCCUGGACCGAACAAGCUGAGAUUCGACUUCACAUCACCGAAACUGGCUAAUAACAACACUGGAAAUCCGAUCCACUCGUCAUAUUUGACUGUACAUAUGAUUCCCCCACUCGCAUCUCCGCCCUUACAGCUGGUAGUUCUCAUGGCCAAGGAUUCGCCAGGAACCUACGACGCAUGCCCUCAGCGUGUCGAGAGAGAAGGCAACGGUCUGGAGACGGCUAUCAAAAAGUUUCGAAUGGCCGCUUAUCUCUGGCAAGCUUUCACGGCCGAGCAAAUGUAUCGCAACAAAUUUGGGAGACGUUGCUGGAGGGUAGAAGAAGAGUGGACAAAUGGGACAGCUAGUUCUCGGGACAAAGCUAGUGGAGUAAUGCGAUCAGAAGCCAAGGUUCAUGUUGUGCGAUGUUCGAAGACGGUCGCGGAGCUCCGCGACCUAGAUCUUGCACAACAAAACCCCAAGGCCAAACACAGCGCGGAGCUCUUCAGUAUUGCUCUCGAUGCUGUCAAGGAGUAUUUCAAUCCGCUGCCAGGUCAAAAGCAAUACGUCUCGGUACUCCUGCUUGACGCGCACUGGGACAAAGAGCAAAGCAUGAUUACGAGCCAUGCCGCUCUUGGAGGAGGUUCGGGAGAAAUUCAGUUGGCGAUCUGUGGAUCUCACGCUCUUCACAGCUACCCCAGCAACUUCGAAGAAGUUGUUGCGGCUUUCUCGGACUGCACACCGACAGACACGAACUAUGUUGCAAAUGAUUGCAAUGAAUCUGGCAGCAGCUGGGAAGCAGCCAACAUAGGAAUCGGCGCACAUUUGCAUGAAAUAGGGCAUUUGUUUGGCUGUCCCCACCAACACUCGGGAGUCAUGCUACGCGAUUAUGUCAAGUUGAACAGAUCAUUCAUUACACGAGAGUGCUAUUCGACAAGGACGAAAUCCAAGGGUGGACUGGUUUUGCAGAACGACGAAUGCACCUGGCACCGCCUCGACCUCCUGAGAUUCAAGGCUCAUCCAUCCUUCGCGUUGCCUGGAGACCCUCCUCGACACAACGACGAUUCUGUGCAAGCAUGGCCCGUUGAUAACGGAAUUGUCUCCAUCACCGCUCCCUCUGGAAUUGCCUACAUCGAGAUAUAUACCGACGGCGACGAGAUGUGCAAAUAUUGGCAAGAAUUUGGCGAUGGUCCGAAUAACAUCAUUCAAAAACAAAAGGAAUUGACCGAGCCGGAACUGCGGGCUCGGUUACCAGAUGAUCGAAGAAAGGCCAAGCUGAAAUUGAUCAUCAAGUCAGUUGCGGGCGGAAGCCACGAGAUUGAAGAUUUCACGAUCCUGGCAUCCAAAGCUUCCAGAGUCAAGUUGCCAAGCGGGCAUUUCGCCUUCCGGAGCAGCAAGCUAGGCCUGUCACAAUUGGAUGGGUCCACUCCUGAACAAGUUAUCUUACAUAGCGCCAUAGAGCAGACAAAGCUCCUGACGCAGAUUAAAUUUUACCACGGCAGCUCGCUGGACGGUGUCGAAUUUUGCUACGAGGAUGCCUCUUCCCAGCUGUUUGGUAAACGGGGAGGGACACCAGGUGGUAGCGAGUUUAACCUGGAUAUUCGAAAGGGCGAAUACAUUACUGGAUUUUAUGUCAGAAGCGGCUUCUGGAUCGACGGUCUUGCUGUAAUCACUAGUUUGGGUAGGAAAUCCGCUGUCUAUGGAGAUGCGAACGGUGGUGAUGGUCACACUUUGAUACCCCCAAGAGGCUACAAUCUGGUCGGAAUCUACGGCUCUUCCGGCGCAUGGGUCGAUGGUUUCGGAAUUCUAAUAACUCGAUGA